UAGCAUGGAGACAUAAUUUGAUUAUAUAUACAAUCUUAAUGGAGGGUGUUUUAUGAGCAGAACAUAAUCAAGAAGAAGAAGAAGAAGAAGAGUAGGUUGGAUAGAAUUGAGUAUGAUUUGGCUAAGGCUAGAGUAGCAAUUCGUCAAGCCAUUAUUUCCAAAAGUUUUAAGUCUAAUAAGAAUGAGAGAUUUAUACCAAGAGGUUCCAUUUACAGAAACCCAUAUGCUUUUCAUCAGAGUCAUAUAGAGAUGGUGAAGAGAUUCAAAGUGUGGAGCUAUAGGGAAGGAGAACGGCCAAUAUUCCACAUGGGACCAAUGAAUGGGCUGUAUGCAAUUGAAGGACAAAUCGUAGAAGAAAUAGAGAGUGAGAAAAGCCCUUUCAAGGCUAAACAUCCUGAGGAGGCACACACAUUUUUUAUGCCAAUAAGUGUGGCUAACAUCGUUAAGUUGAUUUAUAGCCCUAUUAUUUAUCCAUCUGAUUACAAUCGAGAUAGACUCUAUCGACUUAUGAAUGACUAUGUGGGUGUUGUGGCCAAUAAAUACCCAUUUUGGAAUGCAAGCAAUGGAGCUGAUCAUUUCAUGCUUUCCUGCCAUGACUGGGCUCCAGAAGUUUCACAUGAAAAACCUAAACUCUUUAAGGACUUUAUAAGAGUUCUAUGCAAUGCAAACAUUUCAGAAGGAUUUCAACCUAAAAGAGAUAUCUCUUUACCUGAAAUUUAUUUGAAGAGGGGAACAUUGGGCCCUGAUGAUUUGGGUCAAGCCCCACACAGGCGCACAAUAUUAGCCUUCUUUGCUGGUGGACUCCAUGGACAUAUUAGAAUGAUCUUGUUCCAACAAUGGAAAGACAAAGACAAUGAUAUCCAAGUUUAUGAGAAGAUUCCCAUAGAAAAAAACUACACUGAGCUAAUGGGCAAAAGUAAGUAUUGCUUGUGCCCAAGUGGGUAUGAAGUGGCAAGCCCAAGAGUGGUGGAGGCAAUUAAUGCAGGGUGUGUCCCAGUGAUUAUAUCAAAUAAUUACUCGUUACCCUUUAGUGAUGUACUUGAUUGGAGUCAAUUUACAGUGCAAAUUCCAGUCUCAAAAAUACCAGAAAUUAAAAACAUCUUAAGUGAGAUUCCAAAUGAGAAGUACUUGAGAUUAUAUAAUAUGGUUUCUCAAGUAAAGAGGCAUUUUGUGUUGAAUCGACCAGCUCAGCCAUUUGAUGUAACUCACAUGGUACUUCACUCAAUUUGGUUAAGACGACUCAAUAUCAAUGUUAGAAAUUUCAACAAGUUGUGAUUAUUACUUUUUUUUUUUAAUAUUUUUAUUUGUUGUUUGUUUCAUUAGGUAAGUCAUGCCCUUGUAACAUGUAAUAUUUUUAAGUACAUAUUAUUUCAAUUAAUUAUAAGCCAAAUGGCAUAAGAUGUUG